AUGGCACAAUCCCGAAUACUCGACUUGGUGAAGACCCAAUGUCGCAUCUUCUCCCUGAACUUCAACCCGCAACGGCUCCGACUGGGCAAUAAGAUCCUUCGGCAACGACUACGCGGCCCAGCGCUUGCAGCAUGGUACCCUAAGAAGACGGUCUCCUUCCGAGACCUCCAGAACACCUACAAGCCCCUCGGGUUGACGACGUUUGACGAAGCGGAGGACGAUCGAGAGGAGGCUAUUCAAAUUACCAAAUUGCGAGGAAAGGGUCGACCCAAGAAGAAGAGGACCGCUGCUGAAUCGAGAUCCCACAAGAAGAAGAAAUAA